UCCCAGUCUUUUUUUUUAAGGUAAAAUUUUGCUGACACGUCCAUCCCACCCUUUCAAAUUUCCACUUUGGCUCGCGCUACAAAUAGGCCCUCACUUUCCUUCAAUCCCCACUACUUUUUUUUCUUCCUUUUUCCCUCAAUUAUUGUUUUAGUGAUAAGAUUCUGCUGUUUGUGGAUUUCGAUCUCAAUUAUUGUUUUAGUGACUGAGAUUAUUGUUGAGGAAGACUUGACUACUGUAAGGUUCCGGUUCGUAAUGGGUUGGUGGAAUCUUGGUUCCCUUGUUUCUAGUUUCCGUAGUCUAUUUCACUUCCAGGCGGUGCAGGGUGAUCGACUGGGCACGUAUACCAUCAAGUCUCAUGGAGUUGCGGUUGCCAAGAACCACAAGCAUGACUGGCUCAUACUUGUGCUUCUUGGUGUCAUAGAGAUUGUGUUGUAUAUCAUUGAGCCUUUCCACCGUUUCGUGGGGAAGGAUAUGAUGACUGAUCUCAAGUACCCCUUGAAAGAGAACACUGUGCCUGCUUGGGCUGUUCCUGUGUAUGCAGUAUUGCUCCCCAUUGCCAUUUUCCUUUUGUUCUAUGUGCGUCGGAAGGAUGUGUAUGAUCUUCACCACAGCAUUCUUGGCCUGUUAUUUUCUGUGUUGGUUACUGUUGUCAUUACUGAAGCAAUUAAAAAUGGAGUUGGGCGUCCUAGACCAGAUUUCUUUUGGCGCUGCUUUCCUGAUGGAAAAGACUCUUAUGAUGAUACGUGGGGAGAUGUGAUGUGCCAUGGUAAGGCCAGUGUCAUGAAGGAAGGGUAUAAGAGUUUCCCCAGUGGCCAUGCUUCAGGGUCGUUUGCAGGCUUAGGCUUCCUCGCCUUAUACUUGAGUGGAAAGAUUAAAGUUUUUGAUAGAAAAGGGCAUGUUGCGAAACUAUGCAUUGUCGCCCUUCCUCUACUGGGUGCUUCUCUUGUUGCGGUGUCCAGAGUAUCUGACUAUUGGCACCAUUGGCAAGAUGUCUUUGCUGGAAGUCUGUUAGGAUUUGUUGUGGCUGCAUUUUGCUACCGGCAGUUCUUUCCUGCCCCUUAUCAUGAUGAAGGUUGGGGUCCUUAUGCAUAUUUCCGAGCAUUAGAGGAGACACGUAGCAAUUCAAGCGCGGCGACCACUUCCAAUGCACUCAGUGUGCAGGUCAUGGGGGUUCAUAAUGGGAUUCAACAUGUCCCUGCACAGAAUGACACCAGUAUUGCAUUUACAUCAUAUGCUUCGAAUAACUACACAAGCCUGUAGCCGGAUGAAAUGGAAUCUGGGAGGAGCCGAGGAGGUGAUAACAACAAUGCCUCUUGAUCAUGUCCUUUGCUGCCUAAUCACUUAUGUUUAUACUAGGUUCUAGUUAAACACAUCUUCUGUAGCUUGGAAUCCUUGGAUGCUAUAUGCAGAUCUUAGCUUGAUAGUCACGGUUUUGUGAAUACCUGAAUGCUUAAUGAAUACCGAUGAUGCUUCCUUAGAACUUAAAUAUAAACAAGGAUGGGAGAUUA